GUGAACGCGGUAUAAAUUGAACGAAGACGCUUCAUUUGCCACAUUGCAUCUUCGUGAGUCUAUCUAAACGCAGUUGAACGCUCCACAGAACACUUGACAGGAUGAAAUUGAUACUAGUCGCUGGUUUGAUUGCUCUGGCUGCCGUUUCCUGCAGCGCACGGCCUCAGAAUGAUGUGGAAGUUGUGGAAUACGAGUCGGAUAACAUUGGUAUUGGUGGCUACAAGUUCAGCUAUAAGCUAAGCGAUGGCACCACACGCACUGAGGAGGCGGUCCUCAACAACGCUGGCACCGAGAACGAAUCGCUUUCUGUCCGCGGAUCUGUCAGCUGGGUGGCACCCGAUGGACAAACCUACACCAUUAACUUUGUGGCCGACGAGAAUGGAUUCCAGCCCGAGGGUGCGCAUAUACCCAAGUAGAGUGAAUACAUAAUUGACCAUUUUUAGGGGUUGUAAGUAAAGUGCUGUGCAUCAGUCAGUCAGUCAGUCAGUCAGUCAGUCAGUGAAGUUAGUGUCGUGCAUUAUUAUUGUUACUCGUAUUAAAAAUGAAUUUCGAUUAUUAGA